CUUCGCAGGGCACCCGUCCUCAGUCAUAUCUCUACCCUCGUCCGCCUUGGGAACACAGCUGUCCACUUUUGGUUUCUCAUAUCAAUCGAUCAAUCUCAGCUUGCCAGGUUGCUUGCUGCUGACACUCCUCGUCAUCCUUCUGAUUCGUCGUUUCGCUUUCUGAACAUUUUGUUCUCGCCUUGCCGAUUGGACCCCAACUGCUGAUCCGGCCAGACGCAUUCUCGGAUCGGCCACACACCACACCAACUCUGGGAAUAUUGCGCCAUUCGUUGAGCUGAUACGCUUUUUGGGCGGUCCACCUCUGCAUGGGAUUGGACGCCUGAGUUGAGCUGGCAGUCUGACGCUUGACGCUGAUUCACAAGUCCAAGUAUAAGUCCAGGUGGAACGAACUUCACGGCGGCCAGCCCGUUUACUAUAAAAUGGUCAAUCCUAAUCGAUGGUCAUGGUCGGCGGGGCCACGAAGAAGUUCAUUCCGAGGAGAUGCGGUGAGCAGCACUCAGCCAUUAGCACAUUCUUCCGACAAGCCCAUUUCGUGCGAGGUCGACGUCCCAAACGACCAAAACCUGCAGGGCGGCGCUACCAGUGUCUCAUCGCGCCAUUUGACCAAGAAUCGGUGGAGCUGGCGGCCAGAUGCAGCCAUAUCGGUAACCCUGGAAGAAAACCAAGAGACAACACAGGGCGAGAGGCAAGACAGGGAGCAAAACCAGGAUCAAGCAGCCACAUCAGCAAGUAAAUCCCGCCGGUUGUCGAAACUCAUCAAAAAGACGGAUGCCGCUCCUACUUCUGCUUCUCGAUCAAAACGGAGGCCGACGUCUAUGAUUGCACCGACAAGCUCUUCUUUCGGAGCAUCGCCUUCUUAUUCCCACCCAACCGACGGGGAGGAUAAUUCCUCUCAUGCAAGCCCCCUUCCAAACCAGCCUGCCACAGGGGUCAAGAACAAGCUCAAUCGCUUUCUCAGUCGACACAUCGACACCCGGCAAGUUGACGAGAAAGCUGUGCCGGUGCAACAUCAGCAUCAGCAGACACAGGUAGAUCCGACACCGCCGCCAUCCCGACAGCAGCAGCAAACACAAAGACCCAUGCCGAUGCAACCCCCGAUGCGCCAUCGCCUCGAACUCCACAAUCCCCAGAACACGCUUCGGACAUCGCCAGCCCCCCCUGUCGCCCACAUUCAGACUCAGGGUUACACUGACAACGGUCGUCUCGUUGCACCGCUGCCAGGGCUCGACGAAAACUCGCAGCUGCAGCUGCCGCCAGCGACAAGCCGACCCGCGACUGCCACAGGUCCAGUACCGGCAGCGGCGCAAAGUCUUGGUACCGGUACCCCGUCGUCAUUAAGUGCUGCACCUUCGGCAGACGAGACAGGGUUGCUGAACCGCCUUAUGCGACGACGAUUGGCUUCCAAGGACAAGGACUCUCAGAAUAAGAAGACGUCGAUUUCCGCUGGCAGCGAUAACAUAGAUUCGUCCCUGGGACUCGACCAGCAGAGGACCACGGAGCGGUGCGAGACGCAGACACGGCCUUUACUGAUGAACCCGCUCAUGUUGAACCCGUCGCACCCAACACCUGCCGAAAGUGAGACUGUCUUGGAUGCGCGAAGGGGCUCUUUGAAGUCCUCGGUGCCCCGAUUCCUACGUCCAGUCACACUGUCACAGCAAGCACCUACGAAUGCGACCCAGACUGCCGGCGCCGCCGACCCGUCCAAGCCCAAGUCGCCUCCCCAACAGCAGUCAACCAUGCAGGCCUCGAGUUCCAAUGCGCCGACGCAGCUCAAGUCGCGAUCCAAACCAAGCUUCGGAAAGAGGUUCUGGUCGAGAUCCGGCGCCAAUGAUUUUGGAGAUGACAACGUGACCAAUACCGAGACACCGGCAACAGCAUCGGCGCCGCGAACGGCCUAUGUUCCCAAACACGCCGCGGCUGAUUUUUCGCGCACGACUUACACAAAUACGUCGCGCCACAGUCGCCAUAGCUUCUCCUUUGGCAGCGACCCGGGUGAUGGCGCUCAAGCUCUGGCCACAAUAACGGCCGCCGCCGCCGCCAGGGUGAAUGAGCCGGAGCAGCCUCUGGUGAGGCAACGGACGCCAUCCGCAGAGACUGCCGAGAAGCGCAGGUCACGGGACAUGUCGAUGUCCAAGUAUGAGGCGCCGCCUCCCCGCGAACUGCACCGGCGUCUCGAGAUCGUUAAGAGCAGCGAAAUUGAAGUGGUAACCACUAGGGAACCGGUCGCGGUCGACCCCUGGCAGCAACAGCACAACCUGUUGCAAAAUACUUCAAAUACGUCGUCGACGAACGGCAAGGCUCCUGCAAGAUCCCAUGCUCCUCGGCCAUUGUCAUGCAAACGACACAGCUUCAAUCUUGUAUCGGACCCUUACGCCAGAGACCUCACACCGCCAAAGUCAAUUUCCCCAGUCGAGAUGGAAGCGCCAUUUGACCCGCCAAGCCAGCCAGAGCAGCAGCAGGCGCCGCCAUCAGCACCGCCACGGCCCACCUCGUCUCACACUCGUCCGCAGUCUCGGCAAGAGACUCCAUCUCAAGAGGCUGGUAGCCGCGAACCGACAGAUUAUGAACGUUUUGUGGCAGACGCUGAAGUUGCCGAACGCGAAUAUCACGCGCAAAUGUGGCGGAACCUCGCACGACGUUCCGGGUACUACGGUUAUAGCGACAACCCUUGGAGCGCGGCUCGACAGGGCGAUACUCCUACUGCGCAACGCAACAACACCAACAACAAGCGAAGCAGCGCGCAGUAUUCGACGGGGGCUGGCAAGCGUGCAAGCAUGAUGUCGUUUGGCGCGGCAGACGACGAGCGCAACUUGAUUUCGUCAAGCUUUUACGGCGAGGCGCCACGCAAGCCGAGUCUCUCUCACAGCGCUAGUGUGGGAGCAGACGGGAAAAGGGGGCUUCGACACCAGGGGAGCGUGUCGAAGAGGAUCUCGGACUACCUUAAGCCACCAAAGCCAUCUCAGGAAGCCACGUACGAAGAUUGGCCCUCUGGGCGAGCCAACCGACGCAGUGUCAUUGCUGGGAUAUCCGAAUAAAGAUGAAAGAGAUAUGAUGGGGGAGUUUGGGGAUAGAAAGGAUUAGGUAUUGCCUUUGGGGUAUUGGGCGUUGAAUGCAUAGAGGGCAGAAUGGAUGUUGUGGGCGCAACAUGAACAAUGUCUUCACCAAGACGAUGAUUUUCGGGGACGAUAUACCACGACUUAACCAUUUCCUUACUUUUUCUUCGAGGAUCAGCCUCAUUAAAUCUAUAAAAUUUGAAUCAAGAUGCCGAUUGGAAUGGG